CCAUUUUGUUGAUAGAUCCAUGACGAUGACAUGACGAACUAUAAAUAAAGCUAUUUUGCAAUGUUCCUCCACGCCACAGCAACCGGAAAAUGUUAUUUGAAACCACAAAGAAACUCUUCCACGUUGGAAGCUGUCCAUAGCAGUUUCACCACGCCGUUACUUCGCUGUUUGCUGCAAUGGYGUCCUUUCUCAAAGCAGUCAAGAUGAUCGGUAUUAACGUCGACAAUUGUCCAGGGAACUGUAACGACAGAGGUUCUUGUGUGGCUGGAAACUGUAUUUGUGAGGUCCGAUACAGUGGYGGAAAUUGUACAGAGUCCAAUAUGGGAUACAAUGUUGGAUUUGGCCUUACGUUCUCAAUACUAUGYGUUGUAUCGUUUAUUCAGUUGGUUUUAUGUAUCAAGUCAGAAUUUCAAAAGUUAAAACGACCAUCCAUAGCCAAAGCUUGCAGACCUACUGUCCAGAAGAUGGUGUACAUUUGUAUGAUUAUUGCUUGUGGUUCAAGGGGAGUUUACCAUUCAAUUCAGGAACACUUACCAGGAUGGCUGGCUCCCAAUCUGUAUAGUGUAUAUUAUCCAAUAAUUAUGUCAGGAUUCUCACUUAUUAUUUGCUUCUGGGCAGAAACAUUUCAUGUGGAGGGUUUACGUCUAGACAAACCAAGAUUCCUCACUAAGUCGUCCAUUGGUUUUAUCAUAUUCAAUGUCUUCAUCUAUCUGGUUCUUCUCGUGCAGGUCAUAACAAUAGAAGUAACUGAUAGCAACACAAAGGCAUAUCUUCACAAUGUCUUCAGUGGAAUCUUUGCAUCUUUAAUGUUCYUGGUUCUGAUUUUCUUCUUGAUAUAUGGAGUGGAGCUUUAUUACAUGGUCCGUGGGGCGUUUAUUACCCGACCAGCCAAUAAUGUUGAUUGUGCACAAGUUACAAUGUCAAGACUAGGACUUGUAUCCCAAGCAGUAUUCCAGCUCYUGACAACRCUGUACCUGAUGGGCGAUGUGAUGGGGAAAGUAUGGAAAGACAGCCUACCUGUAGACAUGAGAAAUAUGCUAGAAAUCUUGUUCAGAGUGUUUGAAGUGGCAGUAGCAUUAUGGUUUCCUUGUUGCUUUUGGAACUAUUGUUGGAUAUGUUAUGACAAUGAUCGACCAGAUGAUAUGAUAUACCCUUGUCAGUGUAAGGGUGAUGUCGCUGCUGUCCAUCAUGACUGCUUGAGACGAUGGCUACUGGAAUCAUGUUCAAAUGAAGGACCAAGAUGUAAAGUAUGUGAUCAGGAGUAUACAGUAAAGAUAUCCCGUGUAUGGCUACCAAGUGGCUUAAAUAUCAGAUAUUGGUUACAGACAAUCACUGUUCUCGUUGUCAUGGUAACAUCGCCAAUAGGUGCAUAUAUGCUGUGUUUAUCAAACGUCGUCACAGCGUGUAAAGUCCUUUUCCUUGGCGUAGCCAUUUUACUUGAAUAUUUAUGUAUGAGAUUGCUUGGGUUCAAUAUGGUCGGUGCCUAUCGCCGAGCUCGUUUAAUAGCCAUUACCAUUAUUGGCCAUAAUAAGCCUGGACAAGUUACACAAGCAGAAGAUGAGACGCCAUCCACGUCAACUGCGUAAUGCACAUAUCAUAUAUCAUACAUCACAUCAUAUCAAGACUUCUUGUCAUUGCACAUGAAAUGAUCAAUAUGAUCCAAUGGGAUUAUGAUUUGAUUGCAGGAUUUGGAUGAUAAUAAUUUAAACAUGGCUAUGCAUGCAACAGAAGCAAAUGCCUCAUCUAAUUAUUAUUUACAGGGUUAGGGGAUGAUGACAGAUGCUAUUCCUCAUGUUAAAUUAUGCCUCUUUUGAAUUUAAAGUAGUCUCCUUUGCAGCUAUACCCUUUUGUCAGGCUUCCUGGGACAGACAGGAAGUCCAUCAAAAGAGUACGCUGUGAAGGAGACUAAAUUAAAGUASAUGACUGCUUAUUUAAUUGACACAGACUCAUAGCACAGAGACUGUAAAAUCAAAAGAUAGAAAGCACUAAAAAAUGUCAUUACAAUAAUUGUUCUUGCAUGUAACAAUUUUCAUUUUUUAUCCUCUCUGAAUUGAGGUCAGUGCUGUAUUCCCAAUAGAACUGGGGCGGGUUGUUGAAAGACAGAUUAGCAUUAAUCCAGGGUUAACUCCAUAGGAUUUCUAAGAGUAAAUGCAGUAUUAGCAGUAAUGGAGCUUUAAACCUAGAGGAGGACAGCUACAAGUAUUUGAAAUGCUAGGUUUUAGAGAAAAUGUGAUUUCUGGACCAUUGACAACAAUCUUUCCUGAGGCAAAGAUCUUUUUUUGUAAUAAAGGUAUGUGUCAGUAGGGUCUGCUGUCAAAACAAACAACAACAACAUUGAACAAGAACAAAAAAAGAAGCAAAAACUAAGCGAAAAAACAUUUUUCAGGAAAAAGCAAGGUAUCUUGGUGAUAGCAAAAACUCCUUAGUAGUGCAAAACUACAGUAACAUUUCUUUUUUUAUUGGAAUGGAAAUACAAUGUAUAUACUAAACAAAAAUAUCUAUAUUUUUAGAAUGUAUUUAUUAACUGAUUGCAUGGUGCCCUGUGAAACUAUUUCACUGAUAACUGAUAAGUUGCAUGUCAAGAUCUUUGAUUUCUUUGAGGCUACUUGGAUGAAAAAUGGCAAAACAUUGGGAAAUCACAAAAUUGUUUUGGAAUUUUGGCAAGUUCUUUCCUUUUUUUCCCCUUUUGUUCAAUUUUUGAGGCAAAUUUUCUAUGCUUUUGUAUAACUCUAUUGAUAAUAUAACGUUUUUAAAAUAGGUAUAAAUUAGUCAUUUAUUUGAAUUAUGUGGCAUUUUGAAAUUGGAGCUUUUUUCAUGCAAGUAGCACUUUUAAAWAAUGUUUGACCUGUAUUAUCAUGGCAUAAAAAAUGAAAUCUGACCACAAGUAAUGAAUACUAUGUGUGUAUAGCAUUACUGGUCAUUAUGGGAUUGUGUAGUAACUUGUCACAAGUUAGCUAAUAUUCUCUAAACAUUCUAAAUCUAACCAAGCUGCAUAUGACAUUAUUAUAGGGUCUCGAGGAYGACAGGGUUGUGUUUUGAACUCUGAUUGAUGAAUGUUCAAUACGAUUUACCUGUAAUGAAUACACACAAUGAUGGACCAAUAGAGAAACCUUAAAAUUAUGCACUUUUACAACUUCAUGAAGAGGGCUGGCACUUGGCCCUUUUGCAAUGUCCAUAUACAUGUAUUCAAUAAUCACGGAAUGCUGUAAAAUAGCCAAGUUUGAGUCAUUUUAAUCUUUACCAAGUAUGAUGGCUUCCUUUUUCCAUGUCAGUUGGCAUGCAGAAUGCAAAGAUACUGAUUUAUUUAACAAACAUUGUUUGUAUAAGUUACAAUAUACCAUUACCAUCUUAUGCCAUGGCAAUACAGCCGCUAUGCAGGCUAUACAGCCACAAAAGAGGAGAGGAUCAGCACAAAACAAUGUACAUAUAUAAAUGACAAAUGCUAUAUGUACACAAGAAUAUAAAUUUGACUUAUAAAUAGAUUAAUUUUGUUAAUUUGGAUGGUGGGGAUUGAUUUCUUAUAUAUGAAUAGAUAAAUAAUUAUGAUUUUCCAUUUAUUAUGGUUUCAAAAAUAAAUGUUCCAUAAAGAAUG